AAGUUUUUCCACGACAAAGCGAGCGAGUGGUUUAUCAAGGAAGCAACUCCUCUGGUUGGAGACGUGGCUCUGCCUAGCUGCCAUAUUGAAGCAACCCACGGUGAAGCACUACUAGCAACAAACAGCUUAGCUAGCUAUCCAACUAUAUUUUCGUUCUAAAGGCGCUUUAGAUAUACUGGAACUCGACUGAGCAAACACCAUCGGAGAUUGAAGAUCGUUUUCCUAAAUAGAGACCAAAAAUGGUGAGCACAGAGACACAUGUCAAGGCUUUAUCUUUUCCGCUUUAGCUUGAUCAUGACAACAAACAUUAGCUUGCUAUCAUUAGCUAGCCCCGCCUUGGCACAAUGAAAUUAAAAAACAAAUCAAACUUCACUUGCCAAACAACCAAAGGUAGCCAGUCAAGGUUAUUAGCUAACUUAACUAUGUAAUGCUACUAUUACUUAGCAGCUAUGUAUGUAACGUAUCGACGUUAGUAAGCUAGCUAAGUUAACUAGGUAACUUAACGUUACCACAAAUGUCAGCUACUAGUGCUUGGUGUCAGUUCAGUUAGCUAACGCUAGCUGGCUAAAUUUACUAGCUAACUAGGUAGCAAGCUAGCUACAAUUUAACUAAGUUAGCUAGAUCGAUAUUUGCAUUUCACAGGUUGUCUACUGUUGGCUGUCUGCUAACUGUGUUAAGCUAUGUUGGCUGGUAACGUUAAAUACUUGGCCUUACUAGGCUAGUUAACUAACUAGCUAGCUAAUUAUCAAGAUAUGUCAACCAAUGGAUCGUGGCUGUUUGACAGUGUCAUUGAUUUGCACAAGGUAAUCUAGUAAAUUAAGUCGUUUGGAUCAAUACGUUAUCAUGCCUUGCUCCUGGUAUUCUGUGAUGGUAAGUGACUGAAGGGGACUGUUCACCUAUAGUAAAUUGUAGGCAGCAUAUUCCGACCCUACCUUUACACUUGUUUACACACUGAGCUGUACUUGAGCUGUACUGGGGUCAGAACGCAAUCCUGGUUACAUUAAGACACCAUUGCGCUUGGGUGAGAUAUGGGUCAGAAAACGUACCUCAAUGCAGGGAUGGGAUAUGCCACUGUACUCCAAAUUGUACCUUUCCACACUGAUACAUCAAGAAAAUUGAAAUACUGCAAUUUUUCCUGGAAAACUGCCCAUUUGUCCUCAUGCUAACUAGCAGUGGCAUAUCCCGUCCCUGCAUUGAGGUAUGUUUUCCGGAUCAUAUCUUGAGCUGGCUCCACAGUGUCUUAAUUUAACCACAAUUGCUUUCUUACCCCAGCGCAGCUCAGUGUAAACCAGCGCAACGGUAGGGUCGGAAUCUGCUUUCUAAGUAAAUUGGCACAUAACUACCUUUCUUGGCCAACAUAUUUGUACCACUUAUGGUUACCCUGUCUAUCACUCUGUCAUCAUUAAUGAAGACAUCCCACUUAUGAACGAAUGUUUGUGAUUCUCUCUGCUCCCUGCAGGUGCUUUUGGCAGCGGCGGUGUGCACCAAGGCAGGCAAAGCCAUCGUGUCACGGCAGUUUGUGGAGAUGACCCGGACGCGUGUUGAGGGCCUCCUGGCUGCCUUCCCCAAGCUCAUGGGCUUGGGCAAGCAGCACACGUUUGUGGAGACGGAGAGCGUGCGCUACGUCUACCAGCCCUUGGAGAAGCUCUACAUGGUGCUGAUCACCACCAAGAACAGUAACAUCCUGGAAGACCUGGAGACACUACGGCUCUUCUCACGUGUGGUAUGAUACGAUCCAACACAUCUUUAUUGAUCCAUUACACAGAGACAAUGGAAAUUGUUCAUUUUGCGGUCAUACUAUCCAGGACCCACCACACAACAUACCCACAAACACGACAGGCUGGGAGCAGCACAGGGGAUAACCCUACGCUGUAACAGCCCACUGCCGCUUACGAGUUCAAAAUUCAUCCAUCCCACCAUUAACUUCAAAUGGGAUCAUAUCCCACUGUAAACUAGAAAGGUAUUAUGACUGUUGGUUUGAUAUUGAAGCAUUCAGUUGUGUUUUUCUCUUUUCAGAUCCCAGAGUACUGCCGUGUGCUGGAGGAAGGGGAGAUCUCAGACCACUGUUUCGACCUGAUAUUCGCCUUCGACGAAAUCGUGGCCCUGGGCUACAGGGAGAACGUCAACCUGGCCCAGAUCCGCACCUUCACUGAGAUGGACUCUCACGAGGAGAAGGUGUUCCGGGCAGUCAGAGAGGUGAGACACUUGUAGCUAAAAUGCCCAUAACGUCCAGAAGACGUGUGUGUGACAUUAGCUUAUAGUAACCAUGAUUUGAACGUUUUUCCCUCAUCUGCUCGGCCCCACAGACCCAGGAGCGAGAGGCCAAGGCAGAGAUGCGGCGAAAGGCCAAAGAGCUGCAGCAGAUCAGGCGAGACGCAGAGCGCUCGGGGAAGAAGGUGCCGGCCUUCGGCGGCUUCGGCAGCGCCGGGAUGAGCAGCAUGUCCUCAGGGUCCAUCAUCAUAGACACCAUCAUCGAACCCGAGAAACCCAAGAUGGCUCCCGUCCCAGUCAGGUACAGAAAUGAUGGAAUUUAGGUGUUGAAUUUGAUUGUGUGUAUAAUUGUCUUAGACUGUGCUCCAAUACACAGUGAUUGGCAGAUAGGGCCCAGAGUUUCUCCUGAUAACGUGACCAGGGUGGGAAAUUAACUUUUUGGUCCAACAGCCACUGCGCCAGGCACAUUUUUUUGUUGCCAUAAUUACACCAAAAAUCACGAAGGCUGAGCAUGCUUUGUAAUGUUUCUAAAACAAGAAAUGUGUUAGUAGUAAGAAGUAAUGUGGUAUUGCUCCAUUCAAUUUCAUUUUUGUGACCUGAGUCUUUUAACUAAUGUAUGUUAAAAGCAAUCAUUUAGUUACAAUAGUUAAACAGUUCUACAACUCAACAUUAAGAAUCAACAAAGUGCCUGCCCUGUCACAAAAUGCCGAGUGAUACGACUUAUUUAUUAUUAUUAUUAGUUCAGGGCUCAAACACUGACAUUUUUUACAAGGAGUACAUAAGUUGAUAUUUAUGAGAGCACAAUUAAAAUAUGCGAGUGUUUUAAUGAUAAGACAUUACUAAAAGUUUAUGAAUAAAAUGUUUUUGGAGUGUUCCAUGCUCAAUCAAGCACAAUGUACCCUGAAAUAUUUGAGUCAUUAGGUGAGACAAAUGUUCAGCUGCUCCUUUAAGGGGGGCCAUUACCGUGGUAACUGCACUCAGCGUCUGUCAGAGAAGAUUGAGAAUUUCUGCGCUAGCAACAGACAGUUGCAGCAAACUCUAAAUAAUAUUGGAAAUGACAACCUAGCGUGUGAACAAAACGAUGUAACUAGACAAGAAACAUGAGGACAAAGUCACACUUUAGUAGCCUUUCGUCAAUUCGACCAACUUCUACAUUUGGGACUUUGGAUUGAAAAAAACUGUUCCCAAAUGCUUUGUGUAACCAUCCACCAAUGUGGCUGGUGAAAUAAAUGAUUUCCAGUCAAUGCCCCAAAUUCUACCCGCAUUUAGCGGGUGUUGAUUUCCCACCCUGUGCCGACGACACAACAGUGGUAGGCCUGAUCACCGACAACGAUGAGACAGCCUAUAGGGAGGAGGUCAGAGACCUGGCCGUGUGGUGCCAGGAUAACAACCUCUCCCUCAACGUGACCAAGAAAAGGAGAUGAUUGUGGACUACAGGAAAAAAACGAGGACUGAGCACGCCCCCAUUCUUAUCGACGGGGCUGUAGUGGAACAGGUUGAGAGCUUCAAGUUCCUUGGUGUCCACAUCACCAACGAACUAUCAUGGUCCAAACACACCAAGACAGUCAUGAAGAGGGCACGACAAAGCCUAUUCCCCCUCAGGAGACUGAAAAGAUUUCAAAAAAUUAUACAGCUGCACCAUCGAGAGCAUCCUGACUGGUUGCAUCACCGCCUGGUAUGGCAACUGCUUGGCCUCCGACCGCAAGGCACUACAGAGGGUAGUGCGUACGGCCCAGUACAUCACUGGGGCCAAGCUUCCUGCCAUCCAGGACCUCUAUACCAGGCGGUGUCAGAGGAAGGCCCUCAGAAUUGUCAAAGACUCCAGCCACCCUAGUCAUAGACUGUUCUCUCUGCUACCGCACGGCAAGCGGUACCGGAGUGCCAAGUCUAGGUCCAAAAGACUUCUCAACAGCUUCUACCCCCAAGCCAUAAAACCCCUGAACAGCUAAUCAUGGCUACCCGGACUAUUUGCACUGCCCCCCCACCCCAUCUUUUUAUGUUGCUGCUACUCUGUUAAUUAUUUAUGCAUAGUCACUUUAACUACCCACAUGUACAUAUUACUUCAACUAGCCGGUGCCGCCGCACAUUGACUCUGCACCGGUACCCCCCUGUAUAUAUAGCUUCCCUACUGUUAUUUUAUUUUACUUCUGCUCUUUUUUUCUCAACACUUUUUUGUUGUUUUAUUCUACUUUUUAAUUAAAAAUAAAUGCACUGUUGGUUAAGGGCUGUAAGUAAGCAUUUCACUGUAAUGUCUGCACCUGUUGUGUUCGGCGCAUGUGGCCAAUAAAAUUUUUUUAUUUGAACUGACCAUGAAAAACUCUGGGCCACAGAUACAGAGGCUGGUACUGACGAUCGUGUGUCUCCCACAGGCCGACCGGAUCCAGCAAAGCCCUCAAGCUCGGCGCCAGGGGGAAAGAGGUGGACAACUUUGUGGACAAGCUCAGGGGGGAGGGGGAAACCAUCACGUCCAACACAGGGAAAAGGCCUUCGCUUGCAUCCAAUGUCCUACCACCACCAGUUAAUGUGGAGAGGUACAUUAUUCUUGUUUUAAAAUUUUCAUUUUUGAUAGUAAGCCAAGUUUAUGCAUCUGUCUUUAUCUUCCAUUCAAUGUCUGUGCAUGUGCUUUACUAUUGACAUAAUUCCCAUGUGUGAUUGCAAUGUGUGUGAUGAUAACCUCAAUCUUAACCUUGACACCUGUGUAUGUUUUCCUCAGUGUCCACAUGAGAGUUGAGGAGAAGAUCAGCCUGACCUGUGGACGUGACGGCGGUCUACAGAACAUGGAGCUCCUGGGCAUGAUCACCCUGAGAGUGACUGACGACAAGGUCGGCCGCAUCCGUUUGAUGGUCAACAACUACGACAAGAAGGGAGUACAACUGCAGGUGAGUUGUUCAGAUCCAGACUGACCCAUGACCUUUUGGAAAUACUCCUGGAUGGUGUUCAGUAGGGCACAACAUUGCGAAUCCAGUGUUCUUAUUUGACUAGUAACCCCAGCACCAUUUCAAAAUGUUUCUCCCUGUGUGCUCCUACUGAACACGGCGCAAUGUAUUAGAAGAUUUCUGUAACAAUUCAUCCCAUAUCAGAGAUAUAACGUAUGUCCACUGUGUUGGAAUUGAUUGUAUUUUCCCUGGUAUUUAGACGCAUCCCAACGUGGAUAAGAAGCUCUUCACUUCAGACUCUGUGAUUGGUCUGAAGAACCCAGAGAAGUCUUUCCCCCUCAACAACGAUGUGGGGGUACUGAAGUGGAGGCUCCAAAGCACAGACGAGGCCCUCAUACCUCUAACCAGUGAGUCUCAUUCCAAUGCCUUUCUCAACCUGUCAUCCUACCGGCACCAUCUGUGAUCUGGAAUUAUUGUGGUAUGUUUUAUGAUUUAUUUAGUGUUAACUAUAGUCUAUUUUUAAAUGUCAUUGCGCCUUGUUUUGUCUGUAGUAAACUGCUGGCCCUCAGAGAGUGCUACUGGCUGCGAUGUGAACAUUGAGUAUGAACUGCAGGAGGAGAGCCUUGAACUCAACGAUGUAGUUAUUGCUAUCCCAAUCCCGUGAGUAUAUGGGUGAUGAAUUUUCUUGUAAUGUGUUGAGACUGUAUAACAACCUUGCUUGGUUCUCUUUUGGCUGGUUUCCCAGAGACAGAUUAAACAUAGCCCUGGACUAAGAAGUAUGUGCAAUGGAGUUCCUCCAUUGAGGUAGUUUUUAGUCUAAGACUAUGCUUCAUUUGUGUCCGGUAAACCAGCCCAAAGUUGAUGGUUGCGUUGUUUACAGUAUUGGGUGUAUUUCCUGGUGCAGGUCUGGAGUUGGGGCACCUGUGGUAGGAGAUGUGGACGGAGAGUAUAAGCACGACAGCAGACGGAACGUUCUAGAGUGGAUCCUACCCGUCAUAGAUGCCAAAAACAAAAGCGGCAGCCUGGAGUUCAGUGUCACCGGGCAACCCAACGACUUCUUCCCCGUCAACGUGUCCUUCGUGUCCAAACGCAGUUACUGCGACAUACAGGCAAGUUUCAGCUUUUUUACGUUGAAGCUUACUAUGGACAUUUAGUCCUACAGUCAAUGAUGGAACACAAUGCUCUUGCUGACAUUGUUAUCCCUGCAUUUCACUGGUCACAUUGCCUUUUUCUCCUAUUCCCUCAGGUUGCCAAAGUGACUCACGUAGAAGGAGACGCACCAGUAAAAUUCUCUUUAGAAACUUCGUUCCUCGUCGACAAAUACGAGAUCCUGUAAAAAAAUCUACGUCAAAGCUCCGGAGAAGAGAAAAUACAUACUUGCCUGCACACCCGCCUGUGUAACAUUUGGGACUGUACACAUCAACAGGACUCAGCCCUUCAAAAGCCCUUCCCGCGGCGGAGCGCAUUAUUGGUGUAUUUAUGUUUGUAUGAGCGAGAAAAGGAUCUACAGUAUAUUUAAAGUUCAAUUUAACGAGCAGCGAAACAUGCUGUUAUUCGCCGAGGAGAGGCAGGAAGUCACAACACAAUGACUAAAGGGGAAGCAGAGGAGAGAGAUGGGUGGUGCUCUUGUUGAGGGGGGAACGGUACUAGCUACAGACAAGCAUCAAGGACGUGUUCACUAGGACACACAACAGAAAAUAUUUCACAAAGUUUUGGAACGGAAAACGAAAAAUGAUUUAUUUCUAAUUUGCGGAAAACUAAAAUUAGCUUUCUAAUUAUACAAGUCCAGGUAG